AUGUCUGAUCUCAAAGCAUUUGCGUCUGGUGGAUGUUAUUUGUGUGCUCUUUUCUUGGGUAUAAUUUACAGUGAUCGGGACCAUUCAGAUUCCUGUGCUCAUGAGGCCGGUAGUCACUUGCCGCUCGAUCAGCUGAAGCCUUACCGCAUAAAACUUCAGCCUAAUGGAGAUCACAGGGACUAUAAUCAACGCGAGAGAGAGAACGCGUGGAAUAUAUCGCUUGAUUUCUGGGUGUUCAAGGAUGGCAUUCGAAGUACGAGUACUGCUUAUGCGAUAAUGAUAUUAGAUGAUAUAUCAGAUCCUGGAACUUGGAAACGCCAGUGUUAUACUAGUACAGAACUUGGUUGUACUGAAGAAUCUACGGCUCUUGCGCAAGAAUGGCUCCAAGAAUGCUCUUCAAGUCACAGUGCUUGUAGACAAGGAGAAGAGGCUUCUGUUCUGCCAACACGCCUGAUCAAAAUUGACCGUCAAGAAAUACGUCUUUGUAUAUCUGCCAAUGAAAGUUGCUCAAAAAGUAUUACGACUCCCAAAGGACAAUCUACAAGCUUUUUGGAAAAGAUUCCAUAUGACAAACUGUGCAAAACUUUUCGCGAUGCAAUUUAUAUCGCAAGAGUUUUAGGUUUCUCGUGGCUAUGGAUUGAUUCACUGUGUAUAAUACAGGGUGAUCCUGAGGAUUGGAGUAAAGAAGCUUCUCGAAUGGCUUCCGUUUAUGGUCUUUCAAGUUUGAACAUUGCAGCCACAGCAGCUCCAGAUGGUACCAUUGGUUGCUUAUUUGAACGCGACUUGAUAAGGCCGAAACGCGCUUGGGCUGUUCAAGAGCGAGUACUAGCUCCACGGACCUUACAUUUUACUAAAUCCCAACUCUUUUGGGAAUGUAGAACUAAUCAGGCUUGUGAAACCUUUGCUGAUACAUUACCGGAAGCUGUAUGUGUCAAUUACUUCUAUCUACCCAAACAAAAACUCCAGUCCUGGAGCAAGAUUAUCGAUAUAUACACCUGGUGUUCGUUAACAAACGAGAGUGAUCGUUUCAUUGCAAUAGGCGGCGUGGCACGACAACUCCAGAAGAAUAAUGGUGGCAAGUACUUUGCAGGACUGUGGCAAGCUCGCCUUAAAGAUCAGAUGUGCUGGUAUAUCGUCAGAUUUAUUACGAAAACCCCAAAAGAAAACACUUGGCGAGCCCCUUCCUGGUCAUGGGCUUCAGUAAAGCACAGAGUCGUUAUACAUGAUGACACAACAGUGCUUCGUGAAGCGUGUAUAGAUGUCGUUGAAGUUGACAUAACUCUUGAAGAUUUUGAUGAUCCUUUUGGAGGUGUUAAGAGCGGAGAUCUGGUCCUCCGCUCAAAGACUAUGAUAUUUUGCGAGAGAAAGUCACCACUCCACCGGUUUACUCGAAUGGGGGGGGGGCAAUAUGAGCGUAUAGGCCAUUUCACUAUUAUCAAAGGAGAUACUGGUUACGAACUAAUUUGUCGGGCCAUGAAUCUUGCCCAGGAUGAGCAAUUUAAAGCGCUGGGUCUUGGCGAUGCCCUUCCGUCAGAAAAGGACUACAUUUCAACUGAUGUAGAUGAAGAUGGAAUGACGUGGUAUACAAUUUCUAUUGUAUGA